UUGUACAUCCACUCGUGAUUUAAAAACUAAAAGACUAAGUCUUAAGGACAUUAAGGUCUCUGAUUGAGCCCAAAAUGAAUCGCCCAAUUCCGAUAAAUAUGCGAGAGUAAACCGUCGCAUCAUAUAAUAAUGAACCAUCCCAAAGAAAACUAAAAAAAAAUGUUUUGUCAUUGAAUCUUAUUUUGAUCUUUAUGAAAAUUUCAAAGCACUCAAUCAAGUGAGCCGCCAACAAAAAGCUAAAACAUUGAAAACUUAAAUUAAUUUCUAGAAAACAAAGAAAGCGUUAAGUUAGAUACUUAAGUUACGCCUGUAAUGCCUCUCAUUAGCCUUUGAAAGGUUGAGCAGACCAAUAAGGAGGCGCUUAGCUUUCCACCAACCUAUUACGAAAGUCGACACGUACUUAAAGGGUCAAAUUUAACAUUAUAAUGGCUAAGGAAUGAUAAAUUAAAUGAUAAUUGUGUUCCGAAUUUUGAACUUAGGUUUUAUUUUACCUAUUACGUUAUCAGCCUAUAAUAAUAAGACGCAAUAUGAAACUUCAUGUGUUUUGUUUUCAUGAACAAGAGGAUCAUUUCAAACUAAGCUCUCUUUUAUGCAUCAAAUAUCAUGGUAAAAUAUUUUGAAAGCUGUUCCGUAUCACCUAAAACAGACAAUCCGAAUUCUAUGAAAAACACACACAAAAAAGGAAGCAUAUCAUCUCCUUUUUUCCAGCCAGAUUUAAAUCCCACACAACACAGAUUACAUACAAAUGUUAAUUAAACUAUAUUUCGGUGUUUGGAGUGAUUCCGCAGUUUCCCAUAUGAAUAACAUUUCGAAUCGACCUUGUAGUCCCGAGCGACAUCGUCCAACGAUUCAAUUACAGUGAACGGACCAACAAAACUAUGUUAUUGUGUUAUUCUGCGCUUAUAGACGUUUGUGUUUCGGAGACAAUCGCUGAAUGGAGGUUUAGGAAUUUGAGGUUAUAUUUUUUUCUGUUCAGACAUAGUCAUUUUAGGUAAACGGGUUUGAGCAGUAAUUAUGACAAUGCGCAAUAAGGUAAUAAGACCUUAUUGCGCAGAGUGCACUUCUUUUUCAUGUAUUUUUGAAGGAUUUAUUAUUGUAAAUAUCGAUUCUAUUUAUAAAAAACCAUUUCAAGAAAGUAUCACUUCCCAAAAGAAGGGUGUUUUUGGGUUUGGGAUUUACUUCGGCCAGCAUGUGCAUUUUGCGCAGUUAGCGGUAUCUUUGGUAAAUUAAUUGGUCAUCUUUGACAAUUUUUCUGUCCUCUGAGAUAUAUAUAUUAUGUAUAAGAUUUUUUGACUAUUGUCUCUAUUAGUGAGACAGCGACGUUGCUAACGUAGCUACAAUUUUUAUACCAAAAUGUGAAAAUAAUUUAGGUUUAUUUCAAAAAGUCACAUUAUUGCAGUGCCAGUAUAUUAAAGUAGUAUUUAUCUUCAAGACACUAUUUAAUGUGUACUCCAUUGCACGGUAUUUAUGGCAAGUCGCCAAAAACUAUUACGAACUUUAGAUAAUGAUCGAAACCACCCCAGUCUCCAAAUUCAUAUGAAAAUUGAUAUAAAAGACAUUUUGUCUAGACUUUUCCAUAAUUUCUAGGCCUCCGUUCUGAAGGAGGAAUUCGAGGCUAACUAACAGCCGUUUCGAUCGAUCAAAGGUUCGUUCGUCAAUGAUCAUGUAUGUAAUUCCCCGGUAUUUCGGGGUACACUCUGUCUUACUAUGGGGUAAAAUGAUGCUCGGGUAACUGUGCUGAGCAGGUCAUAUAAGCAGACAUAAGUCAGAUAGAAGGUCAGAUAAGUGAAACAGAGUGUGUUUAGCUGCUUUCGGCUAGACUGGAAGCCAACAUAUUAUGUAGUUGGAAAAAGGCUUGGUAGAUGAUACAUGAGUGUGUACACGUAGACAUGGUAUUUAUUUAUCGAAAAUAACCACAUAUUCCGCGAGUUUACGGAAUUCAUUAGCGGUAUUGAUAUGUUUCUAGGAACGACUGACUCAUGGGAUUAUUACGUUACAAACGAUGUGUACUUGCUUGUUUUGUCAACCGAAGGUCGGAUAAAUGCGUAUUUUAUGAAUGUUAUCGUAAUAAAGUCAAACUGCUCUCUGAAUAUAAUGUGUAUAACUCUAAGCUGUAAUAGUCUAGUAAUAUUCAUGUUUUUGAAAUUCUGCACAUAAUAUUUGUUUUUCUUAAUUACAAAUCAAAAAGCUCAGACUAAAUUUCUAGUUAGCUUAACAAAACUAACCAAACACUAACAUAAUUCGUUAAUCUAGGUCAAACUCACAUAACUCCACAAAACAGCGAAAACUCUUACCUGAAAACAAAACAAAAAUGUUAUUUCAAAAUAUCUAGUACAAUCAUGAUACGUUAUACACACAAACACCAGUGAAACGGGAGAAAAUCUUCGGCCAAAAACUUAGUACGGGCUAAACGGGCAGUAGACCAGAAAAUGAGUCGAAAUCAAAUAUAAACGGCAACGAAAUGAGUAAGACAAACACCGGCCGACAUUGUGUAUCGCACAAUAGGCCCGUACGAACAAAUCUUGACCCUUUUUACUAAGUACCACCGACAAUGGACGCUUAGACCGAUUACAUAUUCUGAUGCAAAUAUAUUACGGCCGCAAGCGUGAAUUAAUUGAAAAGACCCAGCGUGACUUUGAUUUAUGGUACACGGGACAACGUGGAUUCUUAAGCUCGUAUCUGGUGUCAUCUAAUACGUACACGUUAAGAUUGAUUAUGCUGCAAUUAUUUUAAUAAGCGUCUGAUAAUGGUUUAGAAUUUGGGAGGAACGCGAUGGGUCCAUGUAUUUGGAAAUUUGAUGAAGGUAUUUAAUUAUGUUAUAGUUUUUUAAUGGUCUUUUGGCCCGUGCUUUAAUGUGGACAUUUUUUUUUGUGUAAUUUCGCAGUUUUAAUGUUGAUUAUGAAGUAAUGUUACUUUUAAACGAUGAUAGUAAAACAAACGCGUCAAAUAAGACUGAUAAGCUUAUGAGUUCUUAUCAUACAUUUUAACUUGUUUACCACAUAAAACUCGAAAGGUCGAUCAAAAAGUCAAGAUUAACAUUUAAUCCUAAGACAAAAAGCAUAGUUUCAUAUUAAUUGGAAUAAUGUAUUUAUCUAAAUAUAGAGUUUUAAUAUAACCUUUUUGCUAUGCUGCCCUAUAUCUGUCCGCACUAUGACCUUCUGUAGCCCUGUUGACAAUGUGGAAGCGAGAGAGCGAUCUAUACUUUGUAGAGCGCCAUGCUACUUCCGCAACGGCAAUAGUAAUGCUCAGGAACUCAUAGUGAGUGCUCUAUUCACUACGAUAUAAAUAUUAAAGUGCCCCUAGUAUUCCGCAGAACAAAAAGGUUUUUUUUAAACACAUUAUUUACGUUUGAAGAGACCUCGUAAAAGACAGUCACUUAAAAUCUCUGCAGAUGAAAAAAGAAUCGGCGCUCUACGAACGCAAUUCCAAUAGACAAAAAUUCAGCUAAACGAAUUAAUUCAGCAAGUUUCCUGCGGUCGGUACUCAAGUAGCUCAGGUUAAGGAGAAGGCGCCGAUUAAGGUCAUCGGUUCCGUAUAUGGCCACUCGAACAUUGUCAGCACUUCGAAGAUAAUACCAGAUACACUUGUAAGGGACGGAGAUGUUCACGCAUUAUAUUAUGCAAUUAUUGAAAGUAAAACCAAAAGCAAAUUUAGUAGCAUCGCCUCAACUCCUGCGGUUUCCUCUCUGCAAGCUGACGUCAGUAGCAAAGGGGCCGGCGAGGCAAGAGCUCAUGACCUCUCUAGGGUACAAAGAGGAAAGUAUGUUGAACAGUUGUUUCUCAAGAUUAAAAGAAUCGAUAAAGACGAUGGCAGAAAGUGAUUUAACAAUAGUGAACAGAAUAUACGUGAAUUACAGUAAUGAUAUUAAUUCAAGUUUUAUAGCAAAUUCCACGGAGAAAUUUGGAGUGCAAGUGGAGAAAGUCGGAUUUAACUUUCCAAAAGCAGCUAUAUCUUAUAUAAAUCGUUGGGUAGGUACUGGUACAUAUAAAAGAAUCACGGAUAUAUUAGAUGCUGGCGACAUUAAUAAGGACACAAUGAUGAUUAUUGUUAAUGCUGUCCAUUUCAAGGGCACGUGGGAAUCGCCGUUCGAUUACCGAUUGACCAAACUUACGAAGUUCCGCCAUAUCGAUGGAAGAAUAUCAAGAGUGCCGAUGAUGACGAGAACCGAGUCUUUUGCUUAUAUAGCUGCUGACGACUAUAAGUUUCUUUCAAUGAAGUUUGCGAGUUGGAGAGCAAUAUUAACAAUUGUUUUGCCGAAGACGCCUCAGGGAUUACCAGAAUUUCUCGAGAGGAUAGACAAAAACCCGAAUUAUAUCACUAGCAUCGUUAAGAGAAUGCCUACGACACCUGUGAGAAUAUUUAUACCGAGGUUUAAAAUCAAAACUUAUGUGGAUUGGACGGGAUUUCUCCAAGAGUUAGGAAUCACCACGAUAUUCAGCAGAACAUCGUCAGGUCUCUCGGCAAUAUUAAAGAAUGACAGUGAAACAAAAAACAUUGCAUUGAGUAGAGUCAAACAAAAACUCUUCAUUCAAGUUGACGAGAUGGGCGUGGCCAGGUUCACGAGAAAUCCCAAUCGAAACCUGGGUCCGCCGAAAGUACCACUUUUCAUAGACGUACCGGAAUUCGUUGCGGAUAGACCAUUCUAUUUUCAAAUCACGUUGGACUUUGAAAACGCCCGAUACGAAAUGUUCACUGGUGUUUACUAUGGCCCAGAACCAGAAAAAGUAAACAAGAUAUAAUUGACAACUGCCUCACGGAGGAUUUCCUUACCUUAGAGAGCAACGCGACAUCUAGAUUUUGUGGCCUUAUACCACCCUUCAAACGAAGACAGGCAGAUGUAGAGCAGUGCAGAGCGUCCUUACAGCUAAUCUGAAGAAAUCAAAUAUCAGCAAAAUCAAAGUGCAUUUAUUUAUUUUAUUUUUUAGAUAGACUACAACACUUUGUUGUAACACAAUUUGAUUAAUGUUAAUGUCAAACGCCGAAAUAAUGAUGCCAACCUCUUUUGGCAUUUAUUUUCUUUCAAAGUCAGAAACUUUUUGUCGUUUGAAUAUUAGGAAACAGCAGAAUUUAUAAUACAUAAUUGAUAUAUUAUGACAAUAACUGAUUCGAAUAAAAAAAUGUAUUGGUAAUAAUGGGUGGUAAAAAAAUGAUGGAUUUAAAUAGGACCUUAUAAACUUCGAAAGAAAACAAAGGACAGGUUUUAAUUGCCAAGGAUUUACAGAAAUAAAUCCGCAUUUCGACAGUGCCAUGGUACAAUUCUAUUUGUCGCUUAACUCUUCUAAGCUACGUCACGUCCAUGCCAGAGAGGCCGAUCAACAAAAGAAUACUUAAUUAUUUGUCAAACCUCAAGUGUUAUUAUAUUCAUUGACAAUACCUAAGAUUUGAUAAUUAAAUUAAAAAGAUACUGAAGAAUAGUUAGUUCUUAUUAGAGUGGUAAUUGGCAAAACGGUCUACAUUAGGCUACCUACUAAAUAUUUGUAAUUUAAAUAUAAUUGUUAGA